CACGCUGGCCUCAGGUACAGGAGGAGGCGGGGCUCAUGCACACACAGCGGCGACUGCUCAUCUCGCGCUCGUGCGUUCAGAACAAGCUGUGCAGAGCUCGCGUUAAUUAAGCAGCGUAAACCGAAUGCGCGUGCAUCGUAUGAACCGCGGAACAAUUCGUCCGUCUCAGCUGUUUGUGUUAAAAAAAAAAAAGUAGUCAAAACCUUUUGUUAAUUCUAAGUAGAGAAUAAAUUCGCUGCUAAUUCUAUUGAUUCGACUUUUCUAAUCUCAGAUUUCAUUUUACCAGCUCAGCGAAGCAGAAAUACCGACUGACUCCAAAUAAUCACCAGCAGAACGCUAUGUCCUCAAUGACGUAAUGUAAAGGAUGUAAAGAAGAAGAAGAAGAAGAAGAAGAGGAAGAAGAAAAAGAAGAAGAAUAGGUUUAUUUGCUUGGACUCAUUCGCAGCAUGUCCCAUGCAGAAGUGGAGGUGUCUGGCCUCGGCUUUCCGAGUUUACCUGUUGAUCUUCGAGCGCACGCGCUGAGCGCCAGGAGGAACUCGUACGUGCUUCACAAACUGGAGCUCGAGCCGCAGUUCUACAGCGCGCCAUCAUGGUCCGACCAAAAUGUCCUAACCGAAAGACGCACAGAAGAAUUAAAAUCUGUCGAUAGUCCUUCAUCUCCGGCGUCUCCGCAGUCCUCAUCAUCCAAAGCGCAGUGGGACGCCGCGGUUCCGGUGGCCGUUGCGCACGAGGCGAGCUCGGAUUCGGACCCCGAGCCCACGAAAAGCAACCCAAAGUUGAUCAAAAGACUCGAAAGCCGAUGGGAGCAAGAGGAAAAGGAGGACGUGGAGACCAAAGCCGUGGCCACAUCUCCCGAUGGCCGAUACCUGAAGUUUAACGUGGAGAUCGGCAGAGGCUCGUUUAAGACCGUCUAUAAAGGUUUGGACACGGAGACCACAGUGGAGGUGGCGUGGUGCGAGCUGCAGACACGGAAACUGACUAAAGUGGAGCGGCAGCGGUUCAGCGAGGAGGUGGAGAUGCUGAAGAACCUCCAGCACCCAAACAUUGUUCGCUUUUAUGACUCCUGGAAGUCCACAGUGAAAGGACACAAGUGUGUUCUCCUAGUCACGGAACUUAUGACCUCCGGCACCCUCAAAACGUACCUGAAACGCUUUAAGGAAAUGAAGCCUAAGCUUCUUCAGCGCUGGAGCCGUCAGAUACUAAAAGGGCUCCAUUUCCUGCACACUAGAACGCCUCCUAUCAUCCACAGAGACCUGAAAUGUGACAACAUCUUCAUUACGGGACCCACAGGGAGCGUGAAAAUUGGUGAUCUUGGUCUUGCUACACUCAAGAGAGCAUCGUUUGCUAAGAGUGUAAUCGGAACACCAGAGUUUAUGGCUCCAGAGAUGUAUGAGGAGAAAUAUGAUGAGGCUGUCGAUGUAUACGCAUUUGGGAUGUGCAUCUUAGAGAUGACGACAUCAGAAUACCCAUACUCAGAAUGCCAAAACGCAGCACAAAUCUACCGCAAAGUCACAAGUGGCAUGAAACCAGACAGCUUCUACAAAGUGAAAGUGCCAGAGCUGAAAGAGAUUAUAGAAGGAUGCAUACGUAUGAACAAAGAUGAACGAUACACCAUUCAGGACCUGCUGGAGCACGUAUUCUUCCAGGAGCAUAAUGGUGUGCGUGUGGAGCUGGCAGAGGAGGAUGACAUGGAGAAGUCUAGCCUGAAGCUCUGGCUGCGGAUGGAUGGCACCAAGAAGCUCCAUGGCAAGUACAAGGACAACAAUGCCAUCGAGUUCCUGUUCGAGCUCUACAAGGACGUGCCUGAAGAGGUGGCACAGGAGAUGGUGGUGCUGGGAUUUGUGUGUGAGGCCGACUACAAAUUGGUUGCCAAGGCAAUGCGGGACCGAGUAACAGCCAUCAAACGUCAGCGCGAGAGACAGCGUCGGAUACGUGAGGAGGAGAAGAAGAAGCAGGAUGAGACCAUUGAGGAGGAACCUGAGUCACCUUUGCCUAAGAUUACUAGCCACGUGCUGGAUAGCCCCGCCUCUUCCCCAGUGCAGAUCCCACCCACUCUGCCACUUCAUGACCCUCCUGCUGUCUCUCCGGUUAUCUCCCCAGAAGGGAUCAAUGGGGGCUUUUUACAAGAACCAGAAGAACCAGAGGCCGACCAACACUUUCACAUCCGCCACACAAGCUAUUCAUCAGUUGCAUCUGACUGUGAGACAGACGGCUAUCUCAGUCCCUCUGGCUUUCAAGAUGGGCUUGAUGCUGCUAUAGGAAAUCUUUGCAGCCCUUCUACCCCACCAUCUAAUUUGGCCACACCCCCCAUCACGCCCACCUCAACUCCACCAAUGCCGCUUCUCCGCUUUCCCUCGAGCAUUGCUGUAUGUAAUAAUAUCGACAAAAAAAUAUCAGGGCCUCCUAGUCCUUUCUCCUCAUCUGUGGACAGCUAUGCCUCAGACGUGACCUCGGGUUUGAGUGACGGCUACGAGGGCCAAUCAGAGACGGGCAGCAAGUCAGCUGCCCGGCGGACAGCAACAAGACUGUUCAAGAGAAGGUCCAGGUCCCGUCUGCGCAUUACAGGGCUAUCUGAUAAAGUGGACCGGGUGGUGGAGUGUCAGCUUCAGACACACAAUGAUAAAAUGGUCACCUUCAAAUUUGACCUCGAUGGUGAUAACCCUGAAGACAUCGCUGUCGUUAUGGUGCAUAACGAGUUCAUCCUCCCCUCUGAGAGAGACGGCUUUAUUCACCGGAUACGUGACAUCAUCAAGCGAGCAGAGUCUCUAAUGGGCAAAGAUUUGGCUGGGCAGCAGGGCAAACAAGAAGGCAUGCAUUUCCCACAGCAUAACAUCGCCAGCACCAUUUCCUCAUCGCAGCCAAACCUGCAGAAUCUUGCUCGGACACAUUCCACCUCCUCUCUGCCAGAGUCCCAUGGCUCCGUGGCAGGGCAGAACGGAGACAUUACAUCACCAGUACGACCCCUCUUGCGUUCACAGUCCUUCCAUAACACACUGGGAACAUCUCACACAUUCCAUACCACAUACCCAUCCAAUCCCACCAUGUCCCUUUCAAAUCUUGGCCACAUGCAGCAGUUUCCGAUGCCCAUUAUGACCAGCUCUGCUCAACUUCCCUACCUGUACCCACCAAACCCUGGAUCCCCCAAGACUGUUCAUCCCUCACGAUCACAUGUCCAUAGUAACCCCUCCCACCUCACAUCUGCCUCUUCUGGCCCUCAUGUCUCAGAUUCCAUAAGCGCCACUGCUGAUGGUAAUCCCAUGACCACACACAUGCCCACCAUAUGGGCGCCACAAACACCCCCACUUUUCUCCUUGGCAAACAUGCUCUCCAUGGCCAUGAGCAUGGCUCAGUCCUUCAUCCCUCCCCCUAACCUGCCUGCCUCUAUGCUGCCACCCUUGCCCUCUCUUCCUGGCUUUCCACCACACUUCAGCCAUGCUAUGCCACCCCAGCCUGGGUAUCCUAUGGCAUAUGCACCCCACUAUACACUGCCUGUGCAAGCAGAUGGCAUAUACCCACCAUACAAUCCAGAUGCUCCAAAUCUGAAUCAGGAUGCUGUGUAUGGGUUUGCUCAAAGGACACAUUCCACAUUUACACAUGCACCUGGGAUGCCCACGCAUACAGACACUCAUGUGCAGCAAAUGUCCAGCAGUGUCCCACAGAAAGGGUUUCAGGGUAGUCUUCCUACACACAUCCAACACCACCCUACAAACUAUUCUCUCCCACAAGGAUAUACAGAAGCUUUUCCCAGACCGUCAAUGAGCCAAGCAAGCCUCUCCAGAUCAUCUUCCUCUGGAUUGUCAUCUUCCCCAAGACCUAGUCCAGAGAGCAUGGCUUCUUCCUCCAGUCCAAGAUCCCUUUCCCCAUCAGCAGAACCAGACACUAGUACCAGUAAUUUGUGUGAGCACAGAGAAUCUCCUGUCAGCUCUGAGUCAAAACCAGUAGUAACAGUCGGGCGCUUCCAGGUUUCACCUACAAAGGUGAUCCCACCUCCCUCUUCACCUGUUAUCAAAAGCCCCAACACUACUCCGGCCCUGACACCUGCUGUUUCACCAGACAUUCUAACCAAGAUUUCCAUUGGUUCCUCACAUGAUAAUCAAACUAAGGGGCAAUCAGGGGUAGAGAGAAACAAAAUUUCCGCCCUGAAUGCCACCUUCUCUCAGCACCUCCACAUAGAUGUUCCUGAAGCUAAACACUUCUUGGAUGCUACUCAUGACCAAAGCCAAUCAUUGGACCUUGAGCAGAAGUUGUUGUCUGAGGCUCCUUAUGAUGCGUUCUGCCUCCAUGAACAAUCUCAACAAGAUGCUAAAAUGACCUGGACUGAUGAGACCAAAGAAGAGGAGAAAGCGAAGGUACAGCAGAGUGGCGACGAGGAGCCCGACGAAGAUGACAAGGCCCAGGAGGAGCAGCAGCAGAGGAAGAAGAAAACCCGAAGGCUUGGUUCUGUACAGUCUUUGACUGGGACAUCAAUAGACAGCGGGCUUUGCGUCAUUAUGGAUCCCGAUGGGGGUCUCGGGGACGGGAUUAUGGACAGCCCUCAAUGUUCUGUCCCUCACCACAACAUGUGGAUGAGCUACACACGCACCAGUUCCUACAUGAGCAGUGACGAAUCUGAAAGUGAGGACGAGGAGAUGUGGGAUGAGCUGCAGGAGCUGAGGAAGAAGCAUUUGUCUGAGGUGCAGACUCUGCAGGCGGUACAGAAGCGAGAAAUUGAGGAGCUCUAUGAGCGGAUGGGGAAAGUUCCUCCUCCAUGCAUCCUCUCGCCAGCAACCAUGUUGUCCAGUCGGCAGCGUCGGCUCUCUAAGGGAGGAGGCUUUCCUUCAACUCGUCGUGACAGCCUUCAGAGACUGGAUAUUCUCCCUAUAACAGGGAUAAUAAGAAAGACCUCUGUAAGUGGCAGCAGCAGCGGCAGCAGCAGCGGCAGCAGCAGCAGUUCACAGGAACCAUCUGCUAAUGGGGUUACGACCUUUACUCCUGACCUUACCAGAAUGUAAACAUCCAUAACCAAGCCUGUUGGCAGAACUAGAUUAGACUACCUCAUCCAGCGCAUGCCUGCUGUUCUCUUUCUCAUCCUACUGAGGAAAGAAGACUUUACACAGACCGAUAAAAGCCUUUCGCUGCUGGCGGACGAGUGUGUGUCAGCAGCACUUCCUGUUCUGUCAGUUAUAGGAUCACAGUCACUGUCCCCGAUGAUGCUAGCAGUGUUCCACCACUGUUAGUCUGCAACCCAAGGAAAACAUAUUCUUAACUCCAGAGCGUAAAACACACUGUGUACUUGAAUACUAAUAUAUGAGACCAUGCAUAGACUUCAGUGUUGUGUACAGUCCUACAAAUCAAACAGACAAACUGCAAAAUGAACUUCCACUACUGCCAUGCAAAAACUGUGCUGCUGUGAGGAUGCUGUUGUCGCUGUCGUUUCUAUGGUGAGCUCAGUGACACGAGAGUAACGUGCCUAUUUCUGAUAGCUCACCAGUGGCUCACUAAUGACUCAAGCCUGGCCAUGUCCUUUGCACUUUUCUAAAAUAAACCGCCUGUAGAUGCAGCUGUCAGACCUGCUGAACAGGCAUGUGAUUCUUUUGGCUGUGUGGUGAGACGGAGAGAGAGAGAGUGUGUGUGAGAGAGAGAGAGAGAGAGAGAGAGUGUGAGUGAGUGAGAGAGAGCGCGCAUAACAGAAAAUCCACUGGACAGUGUAUCUCUCCUGAAUGUUUCCUGAUAUUGUGCUGUAGUAAAUGUGACAUGACUUAAUAAUCCUGAUCAAAGAAAACCAAUUUAACAUGACAUUAAACUGCUGCCUGAUAUACUGUAUACUUUAUGUAAAUGCGCAUUUUAGUUUCUAAGGUAUAUGUUCCGCUAUACGUGUCUAUUUUUUACCUUUCACUUUUUAUUACAUUAUUAAUGUGAAUCAAAACUGGAGACACGGAUCUGACGGAUGUACAGUUGAACUGAAUUGUGCAUAAUACAAGCAUUAUAGUAAGUUAAGAUAUUUUUGAAAGAUCUUGAAGCAGUGCAGUUCAGUUCUACUCUUUGCUUGUGUGCGUAGAUGGAAAUGCCUUUUUUGGACAUACAUUCACUGAUUUAUAACGAUAUACGGAGGCUACUAAUCAGCCAAAAUGCACACAGCACUUCAGCAGAUCAGAUUUAAGUUGCAGACUGUACAGCCGAGCCUAGGGUAAAUACCUUAUCUCUCUGAUGAUGUUUUAGCUCCUUUUGCUUUGAUGCACUUUGGUUUGAAGAUCUUUCUGUAUUACUUGGGAAAUCAAAGCCAGAUUGGUGCCUGGUGUUUAUAAAAAAAAAAAAAAAAAAAAAAAAAUUAAAAAAAAAUAAAAAAAAGGAAAGAAAGAAAAAAAAGAGUAUUGUUUCAUGAAUAAAUAUUUUGUAAUCUAUUUCUUACCUAAAGGUGUAUACGUAAAUGACUUUAAAGGGAUAAAAAGCUUACGCAAGGUUGUUUAAAUUUAAUAGAAAUUAUUUGUUUACCUUACCAUCCCUCUAUUAAUAAAAAUAUUAUUAAUAAUUAAUCACAAACUGUGAAAUAACAUGUUGCCUUUAAAUAAGCAGUGAAUUAAAAAUACGUGAUGAAAAUGUAUUGUUUUACAGAAUGUGAUGCCUGUUUGCAAAGCUGCUAUACUGCCAUGCAUUGUCUUUACUUUUUUUCCUCUUUUUUUUUAUACCCAAGAUGAAUUUGAAUAUACUUUAUGCUAAAAAUGUUUAUUUGUACAAAUAAAUAAAAAUAUAAAUGAAUAACAUUUGAAUGUGCAUUUGAAGGAUAUGGCACAUAUCAGACAUUUAUUUAUGUUGCAAAAAUCAAAACCUUUACAGCUUAAAAUUAUUUUCCAUUUAAACAUUAUCAACAGUUUUUCCAUUACAUGGCCAAAGCUCUGUGCAGUGCUGAACCCAUGUGCCAGAGAUCACGCUCUUUCCAUGGAGAAUAAGGUGUAGCAGUGCCCUCUUGUGGCACGUUGAUUCAAUUCCUCACAAUUAUUGACUGUAAUUCUCGUUCACAUCAGCACUGUUCUUGCAGUCUGUGGCUUUCUUGUAAAAAAUCUUCAUGAAUGAACAGAGAAGCAUCUGGUAGUCUUGAAUAAUCCAUUGAGUCUUAAAUGACUCCAUACUGGACAGAGUCGUGCACUGGCUCAUUGCUGUCCUAUUCUGCUCCAGGAACUUUACGCUGCACCUCAAACACUAGAAUCUGCGUCUAGUUAAUAUUCUUAUUAGAUAAUAUAAUCAGUUCAGGAGUCUUCAACCUUAUCCAGAAAGUGUGUUCUUGCUUGG